GACAAUACCUGCUAUUUACUACAAGAUGAAGAUAUCGGUGUUGUUGGCAGCACUAGCACUUGUGCUGGCGAGUGCUGCGCACCAGAAGUUCUGCAAAUGCCAGUGCAAUGGCAAGAAGUUGAUCGAACCCAUAGAUAAUUGUGGAUCAUGUACUAAAGACUUCUGUUUAACUAAGGAUGAAAAAUUAUGUGAAGUGUCCGACGUAACCAAGACUGACUUACAUUUGGAGGAUGUUAAUAUCUUGAUCAGUUGCUAUCAAAUCGAGUCGUUUAAAGAUCAAUUGAUUAUAUAUGCCUUUGUACUUGUUGUGUUUAUACUAUGUGUGUAUGGAUUAGUGUUUAGAAGAUGACAAUGUCACGAAUCAGUAGAAUAAUGAAUAUCACGA